AUAAGCGAGGCUUUUCGUUUGGCGGUAGUCCAUCGUGUUGUCUCGGAAAACAAGAACGACGAACAGAAUGUCUGAUCAAAUAGCGAAAGGGGACGAUUUUCAAAGGCGAGCUGAAAAGAAACUCAAGGGUUGGGGUUUAUUUGGUUCCAAGCAUGAAGACGCCGCCGAAUUGUACGAAAAAGCUGGCAAUUUUUACAAACUUGGCAAAUCCUGGGAUAAAGCUGGGGCAGUAUAUGUCAAAUUGGCUGAAUGUUAUUUGAAGAUGGAUAGCAAACAUGAAGCUGCAAAUGCUUAUGCGGAUGCAGCUCAUUGCUAUAAGAAAACAAAUACUGCAGAGUGUGUAUCUCAUCUGGAGAAAGCAUUAAAUUUAUUCAUGGAAAUUGGAAGGCUCAGCAUGUCUGCAAGGUACUGUAAGGAAAUUGCAGAAUUAUAUGAACAGGAAGAAAACUUGAAGCAAGCUAUGGUUUACUAUGAUAAAGCAGCUGAUCUGUAUCAAGGUGAAGAAGUGAACACGUCUGCAAAUCAGUGCAAUCUGAAAAUUGCACAAUUUGCUGCUCAACUGGAACAAUAUCAAAAAGCAAUUGACAUAUUUGAAAACAUAGCACGGCAGUCACUCAACAAUAACUUGCUGAAGUAUGGUGUUAAAGGGCAUCUGUUAAAUGCUGGCAUUUGCCAACUAUGUAAAGGUGAUGUUGUUGCAAUUACAAACGCAUUGGAUAAAUAUCAGGACAUGGAUCCAACAUUUUCAGGAUCACGUGAGUACAGAUUGCUGGCGGAUUUGGCUGCUUCGAUUGAUGAGGAAGAUGUGGUUAAGUUCACCGAUGCUAUCAAAGAAUACGAUAGCAUGACUAAACUGGAUGCAUGGAAGACCACCCUUCUGUUGAGAGUGAAGGAUUUGCUGAAAGCCAAGGAGAUGGAAGAGGAUGAUCUUACUUGAGACUCAUCUCCAAUUUAUUGUCAUCACUUCAUUUGUUUAUUAUUCAUGACUACAUGUGUGUGUGUGUGUAUUGCUUGGAUUCACCUCCCAUAUUCUUUUAGCUUGUUAAUAGAUUCAUAUUGAAGCAUUUAAACAUCUCUUACCUUUUUCUUCUUGUCUGUUGAUA